GUUGGCACUUUUCGAUUUUUCGAGCGCAUGUCGGAGCGAUCGUCGAUGCUGCCGGGGGCCGCCGCGCCCCGUCGCCACGGGUUCCUCGCGGGUUUGCUGGUGGGCGCCGUCGGUGUCUUCUGCGUCGGCCUCGUCCUCUCCCAGGCACCCCGCGUCAACAUGGAGGGGAUGGCGACAACGCUCGCGAGCUCGCCGUCGCUCUCGACGCUCGCUGGCGUCUCGGCCGCCGACCUCGCACUCAUUAACGCUCCGCUGGACAUCGCGAGCAACCUGACUGAGGACGCGUGGAUCAGCGCGCGCAUUGCCCGCUGGAUCGUGCAUGCCAACGACUGGGCCACGAUCGCCACGACAAGCGUGCACCUCGACGGCGCGCCGUUCGCCAGUAUGAUCUCGUACAGCGAUGGCAUCGGUGCGUCGCCCCGCAACGCGACGGGUCGUCUCUACUUUUACUCGAGCAUCAUGGGCUCGACCGGCAAGGACUUGGCCGCCAACCCGCGUGCGUCCGUCUCGAUCACGAUGGCGCAACUCGGUCAUUGCACGUACGAUCCCCAGGACCCGACGUGCUGGCGUGUGAUUUUUUCGGGGACCCUAACCCCCGCGGUCGCGGUGGACGAUGCGCUCUCGGCGCUAUUCUCCAAGCACCCGCAGAUGAGCUACUGGCCACGCGGCCACGAUUUCACAGCCUACGAGAUGCACCCGACUGAGAUUUUGCUCUUGGACUUCUACGGUGGUGCCAAGCACAUCGAGCCCGCCAAUUACUACAGCGUGCACUUCUAAGCCUUCCCUCUAACAAGGGUUCGAUUCUGGAGCUAUAAAAUAUUGUCCUCG